GGUGUUUGCAGGAACACGAAAGGCUGUUGAUAUAAGGUAUAUAAUAUAUACAUUGAUACUAAUUAUAUACUAGUGUCAUUAAUUAAAUUAAUACUAUAGGCCUAGUAUCAUGCAUUUAUGUGCUUUUAUUAUAGAGAUGCAGGUAUCGGUGUAAUGUUUUAUGUGCAUGGUGCGAAAAUGUUACUAAAUAAAUAAGUAUUUCAGUAACAUAUGCAUUUGCAUGUCAGCAGACACAUGCAAGGUCAAAAACAAUUUUCGAAAGCCGCGUUUACCAACCAUGCAAAUGAAGCUAUUUUUGCUUUCUAUAUACAAGUUUGGUUGUUUAAUUUUAACCACUCGUUGUACAAAUGUCAGUUUAUACGUAACAAAUACAGUUUUCUUAUUCCAUUUUUUAUUAAAGUUUCUCUACACGACAGAAAGAUGUCCAAUUGUUUGUUAUCAGCAACUACUCUACUUUUUGUAACAGGUAAGCUGCCAUUAUUUCAGUAGCGUAAGGUCUAAGCCAGAAUUUACUCCAUAGCUAGACUUAUACAAUUAUUUGAUUGAACUAUAUUAUAAUGAUUUGAACUAUUACCGUUAGUUAGCACUGCCAAAAUGUCGUCCUGACCUCUUCUGCAAUGUUUUGGGUUCAGAUUAUCCCUGAACUAUACUGUAUAAAAUGUUUAGUCAGAGCAUUAUUGACGUUUAAUAUUUAAUUAAAUUGCCAAAACUGUGUUUCCUAAAUACAGGACAAUUCGAAAGAUUCAUUAUUGCUAUAGGCUAAUCAGUGCUCUCUCGGCUGGGAUCCGGUGUGGGGUUAACAUGGCGGAUUUAAAAGUGGUGCAUGGACUGUCUAAUUACUUUACGGAUGAGUAACUCUUUUCAACCUUGUUCUGUUUUAAUUAAUGCUGCUUGUGGUCCCCACUGUGUGAGGGCUGAUUCAUUUUUCACCUUUUUUCUAUUUGUAUUCAUUCAUUUAACUUUCAAAUUGUAUUAUAUAUUUUUGUCAAGGGGUUAACCUGGCUGGGGCGUCGAGUAUGUUCGUUUGCCCCUUGUCAAUUAAGUUGCUCAAUUUUUUUGUGAUUAUACCUUCUUAAUGAUUCAUAUAUACUCACAUGGUGUUUAUAAUGAACUUGCCGAAACCUGUAAACAAAUAAAUAUAUUCCCACACUCCCCCUACAAACAAAUUCCUGUAGCUGUCGUGAUAAUAGUAAAUUUCUGAUAAUAGUAAUUGUUAUAUUUAGACAUCCGAUAGGGGUAAUAAAUUCCUUCGCGCAGGAGGUGUUACUGUUUUCCAAAAUGAUCCAUUGAUUCGCUAUAUUUUCAAAAACUCAUUAAUAAUUCAUGAAGCAAUUAUCCAAUCUUGAGUAAGAAAUUAGUCACGUGUAUACGUCUUUAUACCAGCUAAAGAACACUUUAACAAAAGACCAUUGUUAUGCAAACUAUAUAAAGAUUUUUAUAUAAAGAUUUUUAUAUAAAGGUUUUUAUAUAAAGAUUUGACUUAUUAUGCAUACGUUUUUGAAGUCAUUUAAAAAACUCGCGGGUCGUGUUUUAUUAGGUCUAAAGCCACUCGCGCUGCGCGCUCGUGGCUUUAAACCUAAUAAAACACUCCUGCUCGUUUUUUAAAUAGUACAUUAAAAAUCUGAAUGCUUGGUGCCAGCAUAUAUUCCUCAGUAUACAUGUAUACUGCUUACAUAUUCGACAGACACAAACUGUCUUUCUGAAAUAAUAUUUUUUUUCCAGUAAUGUAUUUCAUUGUUCCGAGGAUUCCAUUCAGAUACUGUAUCCACUGUUGAUGAAUGAUGUGGAUGUUACUAAAUACUUUGAUUAAUAAAUUUAUAUUUAUUCAUUUAUGGUUCAUUUCAUUGAGAAUUAAUUACAACAAUUAUGUUACCAUUUAAGUACAGCUUGUGUAUCAUCAGAUCAGGAUUCUCACAGUAUCAAGGCUAAUUUAUCUUUCAAAUUUGCUGUUGUUCUUGUUCAUGCUGGCCCCGACAGCAAAAGAUUUAGAAUGAUGUACAGUCAAACAGUUGCUUGAUAAAGUUACAUCAUUUUUACCACUAAUGCAUGCAUGGGUGUAUCAGAGAGGGACGCAUUUGUAGAAUGACCACUAAACUGAAAAUUUCGUCGCCUCAAGGCUUGGCCUUUUUUGCUAUUGUAGCUUUUCACGACAAUUUAUCACACGCACAACUGAUUUAAUGCAUGAUUGAUUUUAUGCAUGAUUGAUUUCUUAUAAACUCUUCCCAAAAAGUUUAAAAAUUGUGCAUGAAAGAAGUGGCACAAAAGUCAAAUUUUGAGAGAUUGUGCGUCGGGUAUAAUGUAUAAUUAUAAUUGGUUCAUAAAAGACCUUCUACAAUUUAUUUGCACACUAUUGAUAAUUGAUAUUGUGUUUGAAACCUACCACUGUUGUGCGCAAACGAUACUUUUAAAACGGUAAAAGAAAAGCUACUCUUUGAAAAUUUUCUUUUCACAAUAAUUUUGUGAUAGAGUCACCCAAUCUCCCAUAUACUAAUACAAAGUUGUCAAUCAUUUUGCUGAAUUUUCACUUCAAGAUUAAAGAACUGCAUUGUUUUUUUACAUAGACUGAAGUUGAUAAGUUUGCUAGCUAAUGCUUGUUGCGAAGACAUUAUGCGAGUUUCACAUUUGUACAUAUUUGUCAUAAUUAUUAUCAAUAUACUCAAUAUUAUAAUGUGCAGUAAAAUAUGUUACAUUAAAAUACUCAUUAAUAAUUUAUAAACCUUGUGGCAAAUCAUGUCAGCCAUCAUAUGCCACGUGGAGUGACUUAAUAUCUGAUAAAACUAAUCUUAAUUAGUAUUCUUUAUAUUAUUGUUCAUCCUAAUUAGUCCCUGAGCCAAAGGGGCGAGCGAACUAAUUCCGCCCGGCUAUUUACACCAGGGGAAAGGAAAGCAUUAGCGAAGUCACAGAAUAAAGAUCAGUAACAGAAGGGCCAGUUAGCGGUGCAACGUGUCCGCGUUUUUUUAUGCAAAAACUGGUGCUGUUUACUGGCCAGAAGGCGGAGCAGCCAGACAGUACAGCGUGUUUAUUGGCCAGAAAAUGUCAUUGACUGGCUAGGAAAAUGGCGGCCAACAUGUGUAAUGCGACAUGCGCGAGGACAGAAACUUCAAAGCUUCCAACGUAAGUGGCCCUUCUAUAUGGAUCUUUAUUCUAUGGCGAAGUCAAAAGUUCAUCAAUGAUCGCGGGCGCAUGGUGUAUGGGUGGUCAUCCUACUGAUCUCAAAAUAUGGCUGUUUCCCAGCAGUGAAGAAGGCAAAAAUAUAAAAAAUACAUGUAAGAAAGCUAGGAAAAUCGUUUCACAUAACAAAUUUUAAAACUUUUUUCAAUAUUUAAACGUAAACAUUAAAAUGAAUUUAUUUAGUAUGAGAAAUCUUAAAGUAAAGAGCAAGUUUGUUUCAAUUGUUUAUGUAUGACUUUGUAUUAUUAUAGACUUUGUUCUUGUUGUUCAACUCUUUCCUAUGUAUUGUAUGCGAAAGUUUCUUAGUUAAAUUAACUUUCGCAGAAGUUCAUCAUAAAAAGACCUAGGAAAGCAAAUUAUUUUCAUUAGCGUCUUGUACGAAUUAAAUUUAUUUCAUUUCAAAGUGCGAGUAAUAAGUUGGAGCUCUAGUUGAAGAGUUUUAUGGUAUCGGCAAAAAGUUAGUUAAUUUCAAUUCACAUUUAAAAAUGCUUUGCGUAGAGUUUCGUUUUGAAUUUUGCAUUAAAAUAAAGCCCAUUCAUAGAAAGCAAAAUAAUAUAUACCUACUUUAUAUGUUUUAGAAAUUGACAGUUCUGUGUUUAAAAGUGUUCAAGUUUCAUCUAUUUUUUGCAGCUAGUGCUUCCACUGCCAAAAAAUAACCUCCGUCCCAACUUCUCAAAAUUUCCUUAUUUUUGACAAAAUCUCCUUGCACAAAAGUUGAUGAAUUGUACCUAGUUUAAAACUGAUAUUACCAGAGGGCGGAAAUCUUGGUGGGGCGAGGGGGCGGCCGCCCCCCCCCCCCCACCUUCAUGGAAAAUUGACGAAUUUUCGGAAAUUUUGACCUGAGAGAGGGCUAAAAACAGUCUUUUCUAGUGCAAAUUGGGGGGGAGUCAGAAAUUCGAACGUUUUGUCGGAAAUUUAGGAGGCUUUGUUCCCCCCCCCCCCACUGGAAAAAGUGAAUUUCCGCUACUGGAUAUUACAAUAAUUUAUCCUGAAUAAUGGUGUGUUUCUCGGGCUAGAAAAAUCAUGGACAUUGCAGGGGAGGGAUUAAAUGUCAAAGGGGAAGUUUACUUAAAAUUAUUCGAAGUAAAAGGAACAGGGCGAUUGAGGUCAUCCCUCGGAAAGUUUUUAGAUUUUCCAUUCCCCAGGAAAGCCGCUUUCGACAUUUUCUGGAGCGAAUUUGCUUGGAAAUUGCUGUAAUCUUAGGAUUUAUUAGAAAUACCGUAAUAUCCUUCUUAUUUCUCUCUUGACAACAAAAUUCCUUGCAUUUUCCUUGUAAAUUUUAUUUCCUUGCACAUUUCCUUGCAAAGGAACAGCUGGGAAAUGUGUUGUCACUGUGCAGAGAAAUUGCUGGCGCAAGCGAUAUUUUACAAAAAUUCAAUAAUUUAAAAAAACAACAAGGGUGAAGUUUUCAACUUAUGAUUUUGCAUUUUUAAGACGGCAAUCAAGGAAAUUAAUAAAAUUGUAGGAAAAACUUCACUAACAUCUCAAGUGUGGAAAGCAUCUACAUUAUCAGCAUUUUAAUUGUGGAUUGAUUCAAAAUUCAGACGAUAAAAUUACAUAGCUAUAGGAGUUGGAUUUUAUGCUCAUCGAAUAUCCAUUUUCAUUCGCGGAUUACCACAACUUGUUGGUCUCAUGGGUGCUAAAAUCGACAUAACGUAAAUCGGUAACCGAGAGCUAUAAAACAAAUAACUUUUCAAGAAGAUAAACUUUAUUCAGUCAAAAGGAUGAGAGUAAAUAAACAUGCUACUGCGUGAUGGUGAUUUUGAAGCAACUUUGUCACAUAUAUUUUAACAAGUGGGAUAAUGAAUCAAAUUUUGCUUUUUUCAUUCCCAAAAAGGUAUGAAAAUUAUUUAAAUAUUUAAGGUUUCCGUGUUUGUAAUGUAUUUUUUGAGAAAAGUAAAAAUUUUUCCCAUAAAAAAGCGGCAUAGUUUCAGCAGAGAUAUCCUGGGAGAGGGGGUGUAGAAGCGUGGGCGGAUAGCAAGAAACCUUGACGUUUAAUUUCCUCUCAAAAAUUAAUACCAAAUUUUGUUUUGCCUUUGUUCGAUAUGUAAUUUAAACAAGUUUUUUUUACAUCUAAAAAUUGCCCCUAGUGAUCAAAACUUGGAUUAUGUUAGGAGUAUUGACUAUUUGUUUACUUUUGGAGAUCAAAGUUUGAGGUCCAAUUAUUUUGAAAGUUUGAAAACUACCCAGCUAAUUCUUGGCUGUUGGUUGCAGCCUUCUAUGCUGAUUAAAAUAUAGUUUUGUCCACAAUAGUACAUCAUUUCAAUGAAGGCAAAUUAAAAAUAGUAUGUUUGAUUACUUUUACAGCACAGUCAGUACAUAGGUAGGGUGCAAUACCAGGCCAAAUUUCAAAAACAAUUACCGAUUAAAAAAAAAUUUUGUUGCACAAUUGCCCCUUUGCGUCUAAUUUCGCUUUGAAAUGCGUGCGUUUACUGCUCUUGUGUGAAACAAGUAAUGAAUGUAAAAUGUAAUGAAUCGACAACUUGACCAUUAAAACACGCAUUAGUGUCUCGGCAACAUUGAUGAUCGCGGCAGCCAAUCAAAUAACGAUUUCGAUUCGAUUUCUCCAGAGUCAUGCCACUACAUAAAACGUAUAACCCGCGAACAGGCAUACUCUAGGAACGAGAUUGGUUAAGAGUGGACACAUUCUCGUCCCCAGUGUCUUUUUGGGAAAGACCAAGCGGCAGUGGCAAAGUAUCAAAUUACAUGCUUCCAAAACGUUAAAUUUCAAAUAUCAGGAGUGGGAUUUUACGAUAUAUAGUUCGAAGGGCCCACUAACUUCUAUUCUAUACCUCUAUUUGCUUUUAAAUUACGAAAACACUGGAGCAUUUCAUCAACAGUCAAGUCAAGAAACAAAUAAAAUGUAUACUAUAAACUUUGAAGUUGAGUAUUCUCUCACAAACAUAUUUUCCGAUCAAACUGGUCAGUCGUCAACGUUUGUACAUUUUCACUUUUAUCUGUUCCUAAAAUAUGCCAUUAGAUUUGUUGUUUGAAAACGUUGAUAAACUGCUUUGAGCAGCUUUACUAAUAGUACGCGUCUCAUUUAGUGAAGGUUGAUAAAAUUUUGAAGUAUGCCCACCCUUAACCUGCGAAUGGGCAUGCAGUCGAGGAACGAGAUUGAAUUGUUGCUGGAAUUUCUUGGUUUAAGUUUUAGAACAACGUAUGUCAGUAAAGCUGCGUUCUAUAAUUUCAAAUAUUGUAAUGCUAACUGGUGCGUUUUUGUACGGAUGAUAGGGACUGAACUGAUCAAACAAAAAAUUGCAUAAAGCUUUCGGAAUGUCAGUUGCACUGUGACGGGCUAUCUUUUCCGAAUACUGAAAAGAUGUAUCCAUUAUUAAAGAUGUGUAUUCUUGCACUGUCAGGUCUGUUGGUGAGCUUGAGUGAUGCUGAUAUAUUUUUACACAGUCCCAGAGGUUCUAACAACCGCUUGAAUGGAGCAGGCGUUAACAGAGGAAACAAUAAUCGAAUGUUCGAUUCUCAGGUGAGCUUCUAGCCUCCAAAUUAUUUGCAUUCCUUCCAUUCAUCUGAUCAUAAACACUUCAAUAUUGCAGCAAAUUUCACUCGAGAAAUCCUAACAGCUAUAAUCAGGAUAUCCUCGCAUUGACGUGGAGAGAUCGGUUGGGAAUUAGUUAGUUAUUUUACGAUUAAUGCGCACGGCUUAUGUUUUAACGAUGAAUGGGAAAUUGUAGUACAAAAAAAGCCUCGUCACACAGACGAUCGAAAACCAAAUAAUACUUGCUGUAAAUUACUUGAUUCUUUCAAGUGCAGGGUUGCGAAGUCUAAGCAAAUCCAUGCCCUCGACUGGGGUAGUACGCUUAAUUCAGACGUAAGGGGUAGCGGCCUAAAUAGUACAACAGCCACCCGUGUAGGCUUCCGUGUUUUUUGCAAACAACUACAUAUAUACACAAGACUACAUUUUCAUAUAUUUCUAGAACAACGCAAAGGGUGGUUACAAUGUAGGCGAUUUAGAUCAAAAAUCAACCAGCGAGGAGACACAAUUUAACAUGGUACGUAUAAAAAGUUGUAGGCUACUGUAAGGCCAUAAAUUGUAUUUUUUUAAGAUUUAAUUUUUAUCACAUUCGAUUUCCUAUCAAUUGGUAUGCACACGAAAGCUAAAAGUUCCAGCACUGGUAUGCUUUGAAUUGCAAAAUGCUCUAAAAGUACAUUAUAAUGUAACGUAAGUUGCAAGGUAAAUUUUCCUCGACGUUUUGAUCGGCCGUAUUAAAUAGAAUAAUAUAUAUGUUAUAUGAAUACCAUUACUCUUCGUCAUUUGAAUCUACAUUCAUAUACUGUAGUUUAGAAAAGGACAAUUCUUAGCAUUAUUGAGUUUUAUUUGACUACAACAAUAUAGUCGAAGUCAGUAAUCUUAUAUGUUCCUUAGUUCAAAUUUGUGCCGAUUUAUAUUGUUCUCUAUGUAUAGGGUUUAAUUUGGUAAGAAUCCAAAAACAAGGGAAUUUCAUAUAUUCACAGGGAAAAAUGUUUUUAAUUGAAUUAACAUAUUUUUUUAUUUUUUAAAUUAAUAUUUAUUUUCAGGACGCUCUCUUACAAAGGAAUUUUCAGAAAGUUUCUGAACUGAAUAAACAAAUUUACAAGGAAGACAUGCAUAUACUACAUAACUAUGAAAAAUAUCUAAAAAUAUAUAAGAGGGAAAGUUUAAAGAUUGCUAAAUUUUAAAGAUUCUCCCAAAGUGGAAAUACUACUAGAGAGUUUUAUCUUUCUGCCCAAGUUGUACCUGUCUGUUUUGGCCAGAUAAGAGAGACUUUGCUUUCCCCAAGCCCGCAUGACACUUUGGAUGGCCUUAAAUUCUUCGUUAUAGCGCUUCUACCUUCGGCUGAGCUAUUUCUUAUUUCAGCCCACUCUUUCCAAACACGAACUGCCCAGACGGUGUUGUGUCUUGUGCCUAUAUACGGUAUAUAGAGUGACUUUCUUCGUUUCUCUCUGUCUCGUUUGAGCACUUCAAAAUUAAUCUCGAUGGUUGUUCGUCAAUUGCUUGCUCCAAUUCUCCUUUCGUAAGUCUACAUAUUCAUCUGAUUCCAGUUGCCUGGGAGCAUUUUCUUCGUCGCUAUACAUAGGUCGUUCAUACUUUAAACGCAUUCAUGACUUCAAAAACGGUUUGAAUCUCAUUUCACGGUGACAUGCAAACCAGCGUUAUUCUCUUAUUCAAUACAAGUUUAUAAAACAAAAGGAGUAGAUUUUAUCGUGUGUCAAUCCUUACAAAUUUGAACUAUAUAUAAGCGACUUAAUUAUACCUCGAACGUUUCUUGAUGAGAUACAACAUGAAGGGCGUGACCUUAUAUUCCAGCUCCUAUUUUAACCAUUUGCAACACUCCAUGCAUCUGAACGUUCACAUACUAAAGCUACACUCUAAAAACACUCUGGUUAAAUUCAACCAGGAAUUGGGUUAAUAAUCCACCCAACACAUUCUGGUUAAAUUUAACCCAUUUCCUGGUUAAAAAUUAUCAAUUCAACAAAAAUUUGGUACACUUUUUUGGACUUUUAACCAGGAAAAUGGUUAAUUUUUUUUAACCAGACUUGUGUAGGUGGAUUUUUAACCCCGUACUGGUUGAAUUAACCCAAAUUUAACCAGAGUGUUUUUAGAGUUUAUGAAAUACUUUCAGAACUAUUUCCAAAGUGGCGAAGGCUUUGCAAGUACUUCAGGUCUGACAGGAAAGUCUCUGCUCACAAUUGAGUGGACCAAUCAACAUGGCUGUGGUGAUCGAGAUUUAAACUGUAACUUUGUUCUUCAAUACCGAUGUCAAGAUGACGCAAACAAUCAGAAGUUGAAUCAACACUCAAUGAGGAAUGGUAAGAAAAAUGUAACUCCAUCGAAAACAGGGAACAAAAUUUAAACAUUGGGGGAAACAGGAUAUUAUUUUUUUGCAUCGGAAUUGCAAUUAUAUAAUAAGUCAAAAGAAAAGAUUUAUUACAUUUAGCUAAAACUAGCUCGGUAUGAGAGUUUUACAGUAUCGGUAUACCGGAAAAAUUAUACCGAUAUUAUCGGUAAACCGGUUUUUCGCCUAUUAAAUUGGAUAGGAUAUUUUGAUUUGGAUUAAUUUGAAAAGUGAGAAACACAUUGAUGAUAAUUCCGGAGCUGUUGUUAUUCUUCUUUUAAAACUUUCUACUUCUUUUACGUUGCAUUUCCGUAAAACAAAAAUUGAUGAUUUCCAUGCUCAAGCGCCAGAUAUUUUGCAACGUACGUCUGUAGCAUGGCUGUAUUACGCUACGUUCUCACCAGUUUUUGUUCCUGUUUAAUUAAUGUACUAAUCUGAGGUGUAAAGUCACAGCAAAGCAAUAAUUAAGCUAAGUUUAGCGGGUUGAAAAAUAAAAACAGCAAUAUGAGAGUGGACAGCCGAAUCAUUUUGUUUUUCCUCAUUGCUGAGUUUAAUUAAGCUUCAAGUAUAAAUUGAUAAAGUAUUUAAAAAAUGAUUUAUUUCGAAGACAUUAUAAUAUGGAUUACUGGAUACACACAAGCAAAUGUGGUUGAAAAUAGAACGUUCUGGCUCACGUUAUAACGUCAUACCUUAAUACCUGAAAAAUAAUAAAGUAAACAUUUGGUUUAACCUUGUUGACAAAUAAAGGAUUGUGUUUAAGUGCAGGGAUUUCAAUUAAUCCCAUGUAUUUAAUUUCUCCUAGGACGUAUAACCAAUACUCCACAAUAUACGAAAAUUGCGUACACUACACGCUCAAGUAAGAACUACUACUUGAAUUAUGAUUCAGCCAGUUAUUACCGAGGUCUUCAUGAAUCCUGGGAAUGGCAUGAUAAAUGCGUCAAAAGAAGUCGUAAUCAAGGUCAGUUCUAUAUUUGAAAACAAACAGGCUAAAAGUAGCCCAAUAUGAGUUCGAAAACUAGAAUAAAGGCAGAGUAAGAAGAACAUAGAUGACAUUGGCGAGGGCAAAGUGCAAACUCCGAAACAUUUGCAAAAUUUCAAUUCUAUACAAAUUCACCUCUUGGUUAUAGUGAAACUACUCUAAACAGUACCUAUCGAUAUAGGAUAUUAGCAGAGUUUUGGAUAAUAUCUCAAGGAAAUGUCAUCUUCAACAAAUUAAUAAUCGAUAAAUUAACGAAUCAAAUUACGCGAUUAAUAAAAACAAAUGCUUGCCAUGUAUAAUAAAACAACUUGCUGACCUCAAGUGUUCGGACUUUACGGGAAAAUAUCAAAUCUAGAUCAUGUUGUAUUGACCUCGCUAUGUAAUAUAUGAACAACGCGAGAGCGAGUUAGACUUGCCCAAGUCGUUCGCCAGGGACCGCGCGUAGCAAGAAGGGAGCGCUUGAGAAAGACGGAAGCCAGCGACUUGUGUCACUUGCCUGAUUUUGAAUCUUACUGAAAAAUUUGGCGAGAAAAUGAAUUAUGACAUAGUGGGCGUUCACCAUGUCGAUUUCACUAGUUCAUUAUUGUUUUGGCGUCGUUAGUACAGAAUAAUAGUGAGUUUAAGCAAGUGACGUUUUUGACAACACGGACGUCGACCGGAAGUAAAGUUGACGUUUUUCACCAAUCACAGCCCUUGACCCAGUCUUCUGACGUUACUCAUGCCGUUCGUGUUGUCGAAAACGUCACUUGCUUAAACUCACUAAUAAUGAGCAUUCACUGACGUCACCGGAGCAAAAAUGCACCGGUGAAUUUGGCGCGCUUGCGGGUGACAAAAGUCUGUCGCUUCCAGGAACCACGAACCGCAGACUUUGGAAAGUCUAAGAGCGAGUGUUUCACCGGGAUAUCCAAACACGAGAAAAGCAAACACGCGAAGCGCGAGUGUUUUCAUACAUUGUUUUCGAGUGUUUGGAUAUCCCGGUGAGACACGAGCUCGAGUUGUUUAUCAAUGGCUUCUCAAAUGAAUCGAGACGUAACAGAAUGUUUUAAUUUCGUUUGCUGAUUUGAAUAGAAUUUGUAACCAAGCAUAAUGUAAUUAGGAAUUCUAUUCAAGUAAUUUUGCGUGCGUAAUUAAGAUAUUUGAUGAAAACACUAGCUAGUGACUUUCAUCAAGUUUCACAGGGUUAUCCAAAUGGCAUCUUGUGAUCAAAUAGGUGAUUAUCAUUGGCUGAAUUGCUCAUGAAUUAUUAAUGAAUUUGAGAAGGUUCGUACAAUACCUAAAGAACUUGAAUUGAUGUUUUCCCAUCCAGCCCUCACUCUCGGUCAAUAAGUUGUUAAUAUUACGCUAUAGCCAGAUCUCCCACAAAUAUAUGUCCACAUGCACCAUGUUAGCCUACUAUGAUAUCACACCUCGAGUAUAUAAGAAGCUGAGCUGCAGCUGUUGAUAAUUCCUGAUACAGACACAAGACCGGAGUUACCAAAUUUUUGGUUAUUAAUAAUUCCAAUAUACAGUUCAUGAGCCUGCACAUGCGGAUCAUUUAAUGUUGCAUCACAGUUUUGUUAAGAAUUUUCUUUCUCUUAACUUACAGGACUAUUCACAGCUGAUCAAAAACUGAAGGGUCAGACAAGCAUUUACACUCGUCAAAAUGCAAAUGGUGCUCGUAGUGGUUAUGAGUGUCCUGAGGAACGAGAUUACUAUCCUUACUGGCAUCCUACAGACUGGAUUGAUAUAGCGGUGUUUGCUUAUAAUGAAAGCAUGUGUAAAUAUUAUCAGAAAGAAAGCUUCAAUGUCAGAAAUAAAGGUUAGCCUAGUAAAACAGUUAUGAACAGACGUAAUUUCCCAUUAUAGCUAAAGUUUUCUAAUCAGUUAAGUUUAGAUUGAUCAGCGAAUUAGAUUUUUCAUCUCAUCACUGUGGUACGAAUAUCAUGAUAAUAAAUUAUGCAAAAUGUAUCGUAAUUACGCGGCCAUUAUAGGUUUGCAACAUCUAAUCCAAAAACGUUCGAUUUCAAUUUCAGCCUGUUUUACUAAUUCUAGCAUUUAACAUUUGUAAUGAGAUUCUUGUUGUAGGCCUAAUAUAUUUCACAUCAAUCGUCAUUUGUAUUUUAAGAGCACUGAUUGUUUAUAUAUUACAGUUUUAAAAUCUACUCUAGGUAAAACAACAAUGAGAUAAUGAAUAUGUUUACUCGGCCGGUUUAUGUACCAUUUAAAACACGAACAGGCUGGAGUGCUUUAUCAGAUAUAAAAGCGCAGCUCGAGUGUUUUAUAUCUCAUAAAGCACGGACUGCAAAUGUUUUAACUCUUUCCUGUCAUUAUCCUAUAUUAACGCAAUACACUGUAGUUCGCGUUACAAGUAUUUUUAACGUUAUUCUGUUUGAAUUUGCUGAUCAGAAAUCAGUUGGUUAUGCACACCCGUGGCUGCAAGUGUUUGGCAUGAAGACUAAUUCAUCACAAUUGUAUAUCUGAUAUGUCUAAUACGCCAAUUUCGUCUCUGAAAGCGCAAAACAUUACAGUCGUUUGACUAUUUUCUUGACUCACUGUACUUUAAUAUUUUGCACUUGGAGAGUCUCCUUGUUUAUUUUGAGAGUUCCAUAGGGCUCACAUUUGAUGGAAUUAAUAUGUGAAAUGUCCAGUCGUAGCAACUGUUUUCUCUCGGCCAGAUAAAAAGUAAUAUAAAUAUAUAUAGUGCGUGGUAAACAGGUUCCUAAAGUUACGUCACACAGGUUCGUCCCAGACUAUUUGUCAAUUUGCAACUUUUUCCUACCAGAAUCACCAUUCAAAUGCAUAUAUCUCGGAAACGAAAAGAGAAAUUCGAAAACUGUAAAAGAACUUAUUAAAUAAUUUUGUAUCACUCACUCAAACCUGUAAUAAGAAUGUUUGUGACAUAAGCACUUAAAAGUAAGCGUUGUAUAAGCCGAGGAAAUCAAAGUUAAAGUUUAAUGUGUAAAUGAACAUGAUUUUUCUUCACAUAUUAAACCACCAACACGGCAGUGAUUGCUCUUGUAUUUUUCUCAUGAAUUAUUAAUGAGUUUUUAAUGAUAUUUAAAGCGAGGUGUCAGUUAUAUUUUUGGAAAUUAAUUAAAUUAUUUUAUCGCAUUGUUCGCAGGGGAGUGUCUCCAAUACUAUCCAUCAAAAGCAGACGGUUUCCGCCAUGACUCGAUUUAUAACAACGAAAUUGACUGCAAAAAAAAUAAAGGGUUCUGGGUUUCAUUCAGCAACUAUUUAGAAGAAUACCCCAAGUAUCAAACAGAAGCAAAGUGUAAAGCUGGAAGUUCUGACCAACUACCUCUUAAAUGGGACAUUCCUUACCGCUCAGAAGAUAUUGAUAAUUUAAAAAUGACUGGUGAUAAUGUGGAAUCAUUAAAACGUUGUCUGGUCGCACUUGAUACACCAGAAUGCACCAAAGCUCCAUACACAAGAUCAAACCAUUUAGGAAAUGCUCGUGGUGUCGUUCCUCUUCGUUACACUUGGACUCUUCCACAUUUCCCAUCUGGUCGUGCACAAAGAUGCGUCCUGAGAUUGAGGUUAGUUAUAAAGUUGUAAUAAUUUUUCUACUCCUAUACUAAAUUGUUUAUGUAAUUAAUUAUAGCAGGAAUUUUGGAAAAGACAAUGCGUAAAACUUACAAGAGAAUGAAUUUAGACCAUUAAGUUCUGCUUUUUUUCUAAUUUCAUGCAAUCUUGACUGUCUUUCUGAUGAUCUGUGUAAUUUGGCGAGAUUUCGUUUUUGAUAGCGUCAUGCAUAAGCGUGUUUUACGAGCGCCCACUAUACAAGCGCCCACUAUACAAGCGCCUUGCAUGGUUGGCGUACACAAUUCAAUCUUCGUUUUAACUUAGGAAUGAACAUUUUUGCGGGUAAUUUUUUUAAAUUCAUAUACAAGUCAAUCAAAAUUAAAUAAUUGAUUGUAAACUUACAAUAUUAAAAAAUUCUGAAAGACGUUCCUGACUAAUUGUUUCUCACAAAGUUUCAAUUUCAGUAUAGCAGUAAUUUCAGGUCGAUUAUGCUGUGAUGUUAAAAAACCUUUUCCCUUCCUUCCGUUGGUUAGGUACAACAUUUCCACUGGAGAUUAUCCACCAUUUAGCACAUUUAGUGAUGAAAAUGACAAUCCGUAAGUAUCCAAGAUGUCUCACAAUCAUUACUUUGAACCCUCUAACAACUAAUUAUGUGUGGCUUUUCGAACGUCGAUGCUUGUUCGCUUUGAAGGUUAUAACUAUUUUGGCCAAUUCAUAUGACAAACGUUAAACAUGAUUGAUUAAAUUAAUAAACACUUGUCCAAAAUAUAUACAUGUACAUGCAAGAAAACAAAAUUAAGGAAAGGAAAAAAUCUUGUAAACGAUUUUGCAGACUAAAAGGGGGGAUAAGAAAAUAAAUUUAUAUAUUAUUGAAAGACUUGUCAAGCGUGUAUACCGAGUGAAUUAAGCUUUGGACUACUAAGAAAUUUUUAUAUAUUUGGUUCAUAAACGCAGGAUUUCGUUUUUCUGCACUGCCCCUUGUAAUGUAUAAUUUUGAAACAUAUUAACAAAUUUUCAUUCGUAUAAUUCUCAUUUUAUAUGCUCUCAGAUUGUUUGCCAAAAUUGGCAGACUAAUAACUACUGUACUAAAGCAAGCCUAUUCUCGAAUUAUUACUUUUUAUAAGGAAUGCGGGUGUAAAUUCUCCAAUCAAAAACAAUCCAAAAGUGAAAGUUAGUACUGCUCAGCUGCCAUUACAACUUGCCAUCAACACCGCUCAAUUUGGACGUACUUUCCAAGAUCGAUCUCAUUUAUUCAAGCUCCUACCCAGGCCUAAGAAGGUGAACGAUAAUGAUGUCAUCUAUAAUCUAAACGUACGAGGAAAGCGCGGGAAUAUCGUGCAAGCUUUUCCAGCGGUAGAAUACGACUUUAUCCCGAAACGAAUGAAUAUUUCUAGCGCAAGUCUUGUGCAUAUCCAGUGGACUGGUAAGUUUAGGUUACAUUUAAAAAUGAUUACAAUAUGUGGCCUUAUAUGAAAUAAGAUACAAGAUAAUGCGUUUGCCAUUUCAUGAUUGAAAUCGUGUGCAGUCACCAUAUUUAUAUAUAUAUAUAUAUAUAUAUAUAUGUAUAUUUGAGUAUCCCAGUAUUCCAGUAUUCUGAAGAAGUCUCGAAGUACCGAGUCGAAAGCUCAAUAAAAGUAUAUUUCAAUCCGGAGAACUUUAAUUAAUUAAAAUAUGCCUGGAUUACAAAUCUUUAAGUACUAGAUAAAACAUGAGCAGUUGAUCUGUAUCUGAUAUAUACAAACUCGAGCCGAAGGCGAGAGUUUGUAUAUCAGAUACAGUCAUACAGAUCGGAUGUGAAUCUUAUGAGUUCAUUGGCGAAGUAAUAUUAUUUUAAAAAUAAACAUUGUCCAGGCCGAGAAAAUAGAGCUGAAGUUUAUGUAAAUCAGCACAAAUCUUUAUCCGAUUUAUAUAUAAAUAUGUUAAUAUAAUAGUAUAUUAAUGUAAUAUAUUAAUACAAUUUUUCAAUUGAAUAAGUGUCGCAACUUAAUCAAAAUGUGCAGAGUGUACCCCUAUUUAGUCCAUUAUUUUGACACAAUGAACACUGUGAAACUGGCAUUAAAAUCACCAUCUCUUUCUUUCAAAGGAUCAAAUACCAAUCCUAGUGGCAAUGCUGGGCAAGGAACUGCAGGUAUGUUUAGCUAAAUAUAUAUAAUAUAUAUCUGAUAUACCAUUUUACCACAAAUGUAAGCACAUGCAUGUAAGUUAUCACAAUUCAAUUCAAUUUUUCGGUUUGAAUCUGUUAUUCAUGCAAAUAAAUGCUUAAUAGAGGAUUAAUAUAGCUAAAGGCCCGUUUACAAGGGCGAUUUUUGCUGCGAUUUCAGUUGCGAUUUUCUCCUUUUGGAGGAUAUGAAGGAGUAGAUAACUUAAUGACGUUGUUAUGAAAUUUCAUAACCUGGAACAUUUAUAACUUAUCCACUCCUUCACAUCCAUCAGAAGAAGAAAAUCGCCCUAAAAUCGCAGCGAAAAUCGCCCGUGUAAACGAGCCUUAACUUUGCUCCAAUAAUUCUUCGUGUGCCAAUUAUUUUUAAUUCAACGUACAUGUCGACAUGCAGAUAAUAUCAGUGAAAUAUCUAUAACAGUAUUAAAGAAGUCAACUUGUUAUGCGGUGCAAAGGUGUUAGUACUACUUUCCAGUUUCCACUAGUUAUAUAGGCUAUACGUUUUUUUAACGUAUAUAUAGCUAUAGCUAUAUUAUACCUCAAAUUCAAAUUGUCCAACCAGGAAGCUUAGUUUGUGCCACGUGAGCAUGAAAUUAAUCGCGAUAUCACGCCUUACGUCAUCAAUUAGCGAGCCUGCGUUCCUUUUGACAAUGUUCCACCCCAUGUUCCCCGGGGAACAUGGGGUGGAACAUUAUUCGCGUAGACCACGCGGGACAACACGCAUAACAACAAGAUGGCCGACAAAACAUAAAUAGUAUUAAUGAGUGAUGAAUAAUUCAAUUUUAAACCUAAAACCUGGGGCUUUUUCAAACCUAAAACCUGGGGCUUUGUCAUUAAUAUUCCAAACGAUAUGUGAUUCGAAAGAAAAGCGACGAUACUUGCGUUAAUCCGAAAAUAAAACAAGUUUUUAAUUCUCAACUUGGAGGCUUUUAAUUUUUGGUAUAAUAUAUCAUUUAUAGACCCUCCGCUCGGGGGAUUCGGCGAAAUAUUACCCUCAGUGAUGAUAUUUCCCUCGGGGCAAAGCCCCUCGGGAAAUAUCAUCACUUCGGGUAAUAUUUCGCCGAAUCUCCCUUCGCUCCAGGUCUAUAAAUGAUAAAUAUACGCUCGGAAAUUUUAUAGUUUUGGUACGAGUUAUAAAUUUUAUAUCUUUGGUACGAGUUUCCCCGCCAAAUACACUUUACCGCAACACAAUGACUACAUAAUAACAACGGCAAAAACCUAUCGUGUAAACACAGCAAGUAAAUUCGAAAUAAUUACCCUUGAUGUCCGUAAAAUGUUCGCAGUAAAGGGAAAGCCAUCAAUCAUCAAAAUAUUAAUAACAUUUCGAUUAUUUUGAAAGCAUUUGAAGCCCCACUCGCUAAAAGCUUUGAAAUUUGGCUUGUAUUGGAAGAAAAUGGGAAUCAGGAAGAAAGCCUAAAACUUGAUGCCCAAUUGAGUUAUUGAGCAAUUGGGAAGUUUGGAGGGCAGUCAAGCGUUAGAAGGGUCUCGGCGACUCGCCUUUUCCUGCUCUCCUAACUAUCGUGCGCUUAUGCAAUAACGCGAUAGAGUACGCGAAGUCAAUCACGAAAAAAUUCUUAAACUCCGACCUUUUAUUCAUUUCAUUACUUCAAAAGAAAAUUUUAAAUGCAUAGAUCAUUGAACAUAUGAAAACACUUACUGGAAAGCAGUUUUUAUACUCGCUUUUAGUGAAUAAAGAUGAAAAUAAACUUAUUGAUUAACUGCAAUUACGUAGUAAAUUUUCAAAUUUUUCUUCGUAAUUUGUUUGUAGGUACAGAUCGACACAACAUGGUGGAGAUGGCCAACCCAUCUGUGAACUAUCCUCUAACCUCGGAAAAGUCAUUAACAAUGUUCAUUAACGCUGAAAUCGUUUGGACAAGUGAUGAAGAAACGAAGACUAAACAAGAUCUUAUUUUGAGUAUGGCCUCCUCUGGCUACUACAACAGCAUGACGCUCUGUAAGGCUUCACCAGAUAAAAAAGCGCUUAAUGACGAGUUAAACAACGGUCCAGCAUCGUAUCGUGGUAUGCUAUUGAGGUUUGCACCGGGUGAAUAUUACUACAUGUGUACAAGAAACAACAACUUCAGUAAUCGUAACCAGAAAGGAAGACUCGUGGUCAGAAAUGUGCCAGGGAGCAAGCUAAGCAAGAAGUAAACACAUUGGACCUGUAGUUCUAUAAAGAAACAUUAACUUGUCUCAGUCUCUCUGACGUGCAACUCCAGGACCAUAUUAUUUUAUUAUCCGCAUGGGAAACUAUUAUAUCGCCAUUUCGUUAGUAGAUACGCAUGUUAGAUUAGUUGUUUUGAUAUGAAGUAUGAUUCGAAAUUGAUUUUAAUGUAGAACAUAAUUGAUUAUCUGUCAAUUUCAUGAUAAAAAUUUGAAUAAAAAUUUGUUGGAGAACAA